UGAGAAGGCAUUUGCACUCAGAACGCGCGCGAUUUGCGCCAAGAUGCGUCAGCUAUCGCAGGGCGCAACAAUUUCGAUUUUUCUGCUACAAUUUUGCUACAUUUCCAAUGGAAAUUCUUAUGUUUUAAAGAGAGACGUCCCAGCGAUUAGUUUGAUGUAAGUUUCUUUAAGUAUAUAGUGAUUAUAGUUGAUUUUGGUACAGAUUGUUUUGUUAGUAUGGCUGAGUGUCAAUAUGUCUCAAACGUGGGGACCCAGUGCACGAUAGUAUUGUACAACAAGUUGUCGUGGUUUACGUUUGAACUACUUUGAAAAGAUAUCUUUAGUUGAGGGUCUAGUGUAGAUAGUGUUCUUGAGCAAGAUAGUUUGUACUGAAUUGAACUGGCUUAUUCUUUAAUUCGAAAUUUCUAACUAUUUUACGUUAAAUAAAGGUCAUUGCAUUCAGAAAGAGCUAACUUAGAUUUUGAUAUAUAACACUUGAAUUUACAUGCAAUAUUGACUGCGCUAUUGAUGCUUGAACGUCGAACUGCUGUUUUUGAAAAUGCCAAGAAUUAGCAUAUAAAACAACAUUAUAAUUACCCGUGUAGUUAUACUUGUUAAUUAAAUGAUAAAUAUUUUUAUUUUGGUUAAAUUAAUUGUAUCUCGCUCAAUAUUGCUUGUAAAUUCAAGUGUUAUAUAUCAAAAUCUAAGUUAGUCCUUUCUGAAUACAAUGAUCUUACCUUCUUUGCGAUAGCUUUUAUAACUUUUACGUUACAUGAAAUCAAAUAGUGUCCAGGUUUUUUUUUUGGACACCCGACAUAUAAUAAUGCAAAAAAUGUGUAGGCUAAUUUUCGAAUGGGUCAAUACACGGUCUCUGAACGCAUUCUGCAUGAACAUACUAUGAUAAUCUAUCCAGACACAUUCCUAAACAUUCUAUAAUUACAAUAAUAUUUUUCACUUCUGUGUACACUUUAUUUAUACUCUGAAACUAGGAACUAAAUACUGUAGUACACACGUCAUGUUUCAACCACAGAAAGCUCUUUCUCUUAGUCAAGUCUAAGGCGUGUCAUUAUUUUCAUCCUAUUUUCUGAUACGCGGUUCUAAAACGUGCUGUAUCCACAUAUAGCACAGCAUACAUCAUAGCAUGCAUCCUAUUUGCACGCAAUUUAUUCAAAUAUCUAUCCCUGACGCACGCUUUUCUGCAUGGUUGCUGCCCACACAGUGGUAUAACCUGGAAUGUUAACAAGGGGGGCUCUCCAACAGGAGCGAAACUUCGUUCUUACGGCUGGGGGGGUGAGGGUUAUCUUGUUUUGCCCGACCGAAAGGGCGUUUCCGAAGUCGUUCCUGAGGGACGAACAUUUGAUCAGUCGCUAAUUAAUAUUUCUUUUCCCAGAAUUGUUGCAUGGUGAGCGGAGCAUUUUUCACUACCCUUUUUUCUGCCACUAUACUAUGAUUACUUUUCAAUCUGAGACACUCAAAUAUUUUCAAAAUUUGCCUGAAUUGUAUGGGUAUAUACCCGAUGAGAUAGAGACGGGGGUGUCACCCCCCCCCCCCCCCCCCACACACACACACACACACACACACACACGGGUAGUUUCGUCCCUGUUCUCCAAAGUGUCCUGAACUGGCGGGGGGGGGUUACAAUAUGAUAUUUUGGAAAUUCUAAAUUUUGUUGGGUUUUUUUCUAAUAAUUGUGGGACAAACAUUCAAAAUUAUGCUUAUUAAAAACAAUUGCCGUUAGUAAUAUAAAAUAUUCUAAGCGUCUCAAAAGGGUAUGUAAUUCAAGGUUUCUGUACCGCUUUUUGUAGAUGCAAUUCUAAAGAACAUUCUCGUUUAAAAUUAUUCAAAAAUUCAACAUGAAAUUUUAACAAGGGGGGGGGGGCCUCCACUACACCACUGUGCCCACAUUGCGUCUUAUUCGAAAAGUUCCCUGGUAGAAAUGGACGAAAAGGGUAAAAUCAUGAACGUUUUAAUUACUCCUGACAAACGUUUUCUUGUAAUUUUACAGACAGGAACGUAGCUGGUGUCCAGGUUUAAAAGACAAAAAACAAUUUCUACAGAUUGAUUUGGGACGCGCAAUAACCAUUACUGGUGUCGCAAGCAGGAAAGAUGACGCAGCGACGGAAUUUAAAUUGAGUUACAAGAAAAACAACGAUGGACCUUGGUAUUUCUAUCAAGAAAACGGAGGCGUAAAGGUUUGUAAAAUGAAAUAACGGUAUAUGUAGAUAGAGAUGUAGAGAAACGUGUAUCAAAUGAAAGUCUGUCCAUUCAGGUUAGCCUUAGAUUUUUUAUUUGAAUUGAAUUAAGUUUUUGAAUUGAAUUGAAUUUAAAUUAUAAGUCACGUAUAAUUUUAAUCGUGAAACACCGCGUCUAUUUAGCACCAGGGGGGCAUUUGAGACUCUCGUUUUUGGGAAAACGUACAUGAUUAUCGUUCGCCAAAAUAAAUGUUGUUUUAUCCCAUUUUAGCGAUGAUCAUGAAUCCAAAUAUACUUAGCCACAGCAGAUUUAUCUAGAUUUUAAGUUCCUUUCAGAAUAAUAAGAAAUAUAAGCCCGUUUUUGACGGUUGAUUUUUGCAGCCUACUAUAAAACUGUUGGCUACCGAGUACACGUUUGGCCUAUCAGGCAAUGAAUGAAUGCGCAGGCAAUGAAUGAAAAACUAAACUUUGCGCUUUAGAUUUUUCAAACAAAUGAAAAGUCAACAGGACGCUUUAGCCGUCAUUGGCUCCGGCAUAAGAUCACGACAAGACAUGUGAAAUUUCACGUCACGAAAUGGGAACGUCUCCCAUGUCUUCAUGUCGAAAUCUAUGGCUGGGAAAAUAGAGAGAUGCGCACGGAUGUUUUGAGGAGAAAUAGUGGAAGAUCUCCUCCAAUUUUUCAAGAACUUUUGAUGGAUCGUGAAGGAAGGAAAGACGACCAAAAAUUGGUGAAAGGUAAGUUAUGCAAGAUUUUUUAUUCAGAAAUUUGGUAGUGAUGGUCAUAGUGAUGAUGGUGAUGGUGGUGGUGAUGGCGAUGGUCAUGGUACGUAGGGAGAGGUGGUGGUACGUAGGGAGGGGGAGGGUGGUGCAUGGUGCGUAGGGAGGGGGAGAGGUGGUGGGUAGUGAGUGAUGGUGAUGAUGAUAGUGGUGGUAAUGCUGAUAAUGGCAGUCGGCACGUAACUAUGAUGAUGAAGAUGGUGGUGAUGGCGAUGGUCAUGAUGAUGGUGGGGAUAAUGGUGAUGCCGAUUGCUUAUGCUGAUCAUAUAGUAUUGAUGAUGGUUAUAAUAAUGAUGGUGAUAAUGGUGAUGCAUGCCGGUUGCUGAUGGUGAAGAUGAUCAGAAAUAUUUAGGUACAUAGGGAGGAGGAGAGGUGAUGGUGAUGAUGAUAAUGGUGGCAAUGUUGAUAAUGGAAGUGCACUUAAUGAUGAUGGUGGUGAUAAUGGUGAUGCCGGUUGUUUAUGCUGAUGGUAUAUGAUAUUGAUGAUGGUGAUGAUAGUGAUGAUGAUGAUGGGGAUGAUAAUGGUGAUGACUAAUGGUAGUUCACGUAAUGAUGUUUAUGUGGCCACAGUAUAUUCUAAUUUUUUACGCAACAGUUUAGAAUUUUGUCCUUUUAUACAGUAUAUGAAAUUACACAUUUGCGAUUCAACAGCCAUGCAGUAAUUUCAUAUUUUCUUCCAGAUCCAGAGGAACGCAACAGUCACCCCCACAAACCAACACCGUCCACACCAGACAAGGAGAGUAACAUGGGUUUAACCAUCACCGUCUGUUUCCUUGCCACGGGAGCAAUCGCAAUACUUGCUCUCAUCAUCAUCUGUAAAUGGGAAAGACAUGAACGUAGAAUUCGACCAGAAUACCUGAGAGCUAAUUUGAGAGGUCAACUGAAAUCAAGUUUGCGAGGAACAAAGUGAAAAAUUACAUAUUCUUACUAACCCGCUUCUUCAAUUUUUUUUGUUAUGAUUUGUUUUAAUUAUUAAGCUAAACUAACUUUAUUUAUAAUGGAUAGCUCUAUCAGUUUCAAACUGUUCUUCCCUGUUCAAUAAUGUUCACAUACUAACGACGACAGCUUUUAUCAGCAACUUGAAAAGGACUGAAGCUAGCUGUGCGGGUUUUAUA